CCCAUGGGAUUGACAGUCCGUUCCCUCCCGGUGUAGCCGUUAGCUCGGUGGUUGUACUACCGACUGUUUGAAUGGUCUAACGGCGGAGAGCAAAGCAGAACUGGGAUGCGAGUAUUAUAAAAUAAAAGUCGAGCUACGCUUCACUUCAAAGUAAACUGAAGCCACACUGAAACAAGGUGAGAGGCUGAGCGAGCGCGGGAGCGAGUGAGAGCAGGAUCGAGUGAGGCCAUGGAGCACCAGAGACAGAGAGCUCUCUCCACAUCAGGAGAAUCGCUGUACGCCGUGCUGGGAGUCGACAAGAACGCCACGACAGAGGACAUUAAGAAAUGCUACAGGAAACUGGCGUUGAAGUUUCACCCAGACAAGAACCCAGACAACCCGGACGCAGCCGAAAAAUUCAAGGAAAUCAACAACGCCCACUCAAUCCUCAGCGACGCCACCAAGAAGAACAUCUACGACAAAUACGGCUCGCUGGGGCUCUACGUUGCAGAGCAGUUCGGAGAGGAGAACGUCAACACCUACUUUGUUCUGUCCAGCUGGUGGGCGAAGGCCUUGUUCGUCUUCUGCUGCCUGGCCACAGGCUGUUACUGCUGCUGUUGCCUGUGUUGCUGCUGUAACUGUUGCUGCGGGAAAUGUAAACCUCGGCCGCCCAUGGACCAGGAGCCCGAGUUCUACGUGUCCCCUGAGGACCUGGAGGCCCAGAUGACCGCUGAGGAGAGAGAUGGCGGUGAUCCCAUCGUGAUGCAGCCGUCCUCAGCCACAGAAACCACCCAGCUCACCUCUGAUGCCCACCAAAGCUACAGGACCGACGCAUAUUAGACGCAGACAUAUACAGCUCACACCUCACAGUUAACUACAGCGUCAGUAUCAACCAAUCAUGCACACACACACACACACACACACACACACACACACACACACCAGCAAAUAUCGCAUCCCAUCACUCAGCUCAGCCCAAACCUUUACUUUUAAUCCAGACUGAUUUUUAAUCAUUGUGAAGUGAGGAGAGAAGGAGGAAGAAUAAAGGAGGAAAAAUGAACACCAGAAAUAUUCUUUCAACAGUGGUUAGACAGAAUUCAGACAAGACAUGAGUUAUCCUCUGUUUGAUUAUGUGUUUACCACAGGAAUAUUUACCUUCAGAGUGAGAGACAAGUUUAUAGUUGUGCUCAUAUUGGAAGACAUCAAAUGUGCUUGAUACCAAUUGUCAGUCAGAAGCACAGACGGGGAACUCUUUCAAAGCGACACAUGUCCAUUACAAGAUGGUUUUACCUGGAGGUUUGCACAAACAGUGAUGUUGUUUUGUUUGUUUAUCAUUUUAAAAAUCAUGAAAAAGAAACAGCAUAAUAAUCAUCGAACUUGAGCACAAAGAAAGCGAUAACAGAGAAAACUAUUAAUUGUCCUUAAGAUAUGCAAUGACUUUUACCAGUAAUAUUUUCCUUGAAAAAGAAAUAGCAUCAUUGUUGACUAUGUGUCUACGCAGGAAGUAUGACGUCUCUUGUUUCCUUCACAGUGUGUGGGCGUUGUUUUUAUUUUAUUCUGUUUCAUGUGCUUUACUAAAGUGAUUGUGUGUCGAGCUCUGCGUGUUGCCAAAAUGUGGGUGACCGACACACAAUACUGCCCCUGAACGCAUCCUGUGCAGACACACACGGAGGACUGGUGUUGCUGAUGGGCUGCUCAUGCUACUCCUCCUGCGUCGACAGCUGUUGGGAGAAGUUUAUGCAGAAGGCUUUGUGCCAGACGGGGAUUUAAUGGUUAAGGUUUGGAAGGAAAUCGCAGUUUGAGAGUAGACACAGUGUAAGGCUCCUAAUAUGAUUCUUUUUUGAUUAUUACUUCCAUCUAGUGCUCUACUCUGUGCACACCAGCAUGUUCCUGAGAAAACUGCUAUGGAAAUGUUGAAGAGGGAGCUUAACUUUGUGAUAGCUGUAAAAGUCAAUUUAAACUUUCCACAUACGUCUGCGUACUUAAACUUUUGCCAUCUUCAUCAUAUCCAUUACAGUCCCCGCUGACUGUCACAUGCAGCUUAAAGGUUAUGAUGCAUGAUGUACGUGCAGACCAUACUCACAACAUACAAACAUGCAGAUAGGAAUAAACAGAACCACUUCCAUAACUGUUUCAGACUCUAUACGGCCCUUAAGGUUUAACAAGGAUCUGCAGCUUUCCAUCAUUCAACUCGGACAUUUAUCAAGAGGUACGUUAUCCAAGACGUGCCAGAAAAGAGCUUUGUGCAACAUCAUUGCAAACAAGGAAAUUAAUACCUUAAAUAUUUGAUUCUUGUUGUCCAGAACUUUAAAAAAAUUCCACAGGUAGAUGUUUUCAUUCAUCUGAAAGCAAAACUUGUCGAUGAGAAACAAGCUGCCUCCUUUUAGCUCUCUGGGAAACACUCGCCGCUUCUCUCUCAGUCUGACGCUGGCUGGAAGUAGGUCAGUGAUCCUGUCUGUAUGCUCACCGAGGAGUUGAUCGGACUGGGUGUUGGCUGUCUGUGUUUAUUUGUCCUCAAUACCCUCGUGAACAUCACCACAGGAGCCCCUCUGAGUGUAGAGAGGACAGCUCGUGCUCACACAGCAGCUGCCUCACUGGUAUCGACCGCCCCUCAGCGUUGAAACUUAAAUCGUAAAGGUUUUAUGCCUCUCCACUCUGAAGUAAUUUUGCGUUUUUUAAGAUUUGUUGUGGCAGAAGGAAAGUCAAGGAAGUCAAAAGGUCAAAUUACCAUCCCAGGAAGGUUCUUAAAGAUUUGAAAUAAUGGAUUUGCAGCCACCCCCAACAUGUCAGCUUUCUCUGUCAUCAUACAAAGUUUCAGCCUGACAAACGUUUUCCUCAAGGAAACACUGGAGACUUGACUGAACAGAUAUCUAGUAAUAUACACCAACCAGUAGACAUAUCAUCCUGCUGCAUAAUAACUGGGUCUGAUAUGUUUCUUUACUCCAUCACAGAACAUCCCGCAUUCUCUAGAAAGUCUGAAAAAGUCUUCUGGUGAUAAUCUACUGUUAUUAUGUCUUGAGAAAGUCCUCGCAUUGCUUCAGUUCCUCCGUCACAGCAGUGAUUCGUCGCAUCACUUAUUUCAGCGUCACUCCGCUCUAGAUGUACCAUAGUCUUCCUCCUCCUCCUCUCUUCCAUCACGUCUUCCUUCUUUUAUGUUUAACCCUCGACCUGUUUUCUCCUCCUCAUCUGAAGGAUCGGGCUCUGUGUUUCACACUGAAAGCUCUGUGUGUGCUGUGGGAGCAGAGUCCAGUGUUAUUAGUCGAGACAUUACAAGCACAUUACCGUACAAUAGUGACCUCUUGGUGUCAUCGGGAAGAACAGACGUAAACACUGAUCCAGCCCCUUUUCUUUUUUUUUCUUUGUUUCUAGUUUCCAUUUUGUUUUGUGAGAAAGUAAAAAUGCUGUACAUGUCGUGUAAAGUGUAUGUUUAGAUUUAACGUCACUGUUUUCUUUGAGUUUGGUCAGAAAUUUGAACACUAUUUUUUUUCUUCUAUUUGUCUCUGUAGAGUUGCUUUUCAUUGUUUUUCUUAUUUAUGUUGUUAAUGAAGGGAAGAUAUCGAUAUCCAAAGUCUUAUUUGUACGUGUUGCAGCAGUUUUGUAGAUGAUACGGUCCUCGUAGAAACUGAAGAGCAGUUUACAUCAAUCACACUGAUUAGUUAGGGUGUAAUAUUCCAUAACAUUUUUUUGUAGUUCUUCUUUGUCUGUCACACACGAGUAGCACUCCAGCUCUGCUUUAGUAGAAAAUACAGGAACGUUGUGGUUGUUUGUGUCAACAGUUUGAUUUUUGUUUAAAAAAACGUUGAACCAAGCAGGCUAAUUUAUUCACUAUAUUUUCUUUGAUUCCUCAAUCACACACUUUGUUCAUUAUGUAUUUAUACAUAUCAUGAGAAAGUGCAAUAUGAACUCUGUAAGACUCUUCCGUGUCCUCCACUUCCAAACUUUGCAAAUUUCAGAGGCUGUUUCAGAGAAUCUGCAGGUUCAUAAAAGAUUUAAAAAGUAAACACGUUUUACCAGUACAACAGUGAUUAUUCUGAUUUUUAUUUAUGGUUUUAGUGUUUGAGUUCGUCUUCCAGGUUUUAAGUUGGACUUCUGGUCCAGUUGAGUAUUAAAAAGAUGUGAGGGCCUUUUUUAUGAAACCUGCAGAUGCUCCUUUUUAAUCAGAUUUCUCUUCACUUGAUUAGUUUUGUGCUUCACCGUAUGUGACCACUGACACACUGUUAAACCCCAAAAUUUUUUGCAAGUUCUCCUCUAUUGACCAAACGAGCAGCAGUGUCUGAGUGAAUGCAGCAUGAAGUCUGAAAUACACAAACAUGGAGUCAAGAAAGUUCCACUGUUAGAUCUAAAACAAUGACAUGAAUAUCAUGAACUGAUCUAAGUGUGAAUAUAGCGACCAGAUGACGAUAUUGAAGCAUUAUUUUAUUUAUUUUAUUUUUCUUAUGUUUUUAAUAAUUGAUUAACGAUUAGCUAUUCUAUCGAGGGGAUGUAUAGAAUUUUUAGAUGUGAACCAUUUUGACAAUGAAGUGACAAAAUGGCAGACCUGCUGUAUAUACACGCAGUGGCACAGUACAUAGAGGUGUAGAGGUUUUCUGUUUUUAGCAUGGACUGAUAAUGUUUGCGUCUGUCAGGCAGACGUGUGGGUAAAUGAAGUAUCUGAUGUACUGUUGUAAAAUAAAUGUUUCUGUUGCUUCAGA